CAAAUAAGGUAAAUAGCACAAGAGAGACUCGUCAGCUUCCCCGAAUCCCACGUACAAUUUACCAAAAUUCUAUUACAAAACUAAAAGGGUCAAAAUCUAUUGGAAUGUAUAAAUACAACAAAUCACACCCCAACUGCCCAAUCACAUCUCUCUCUCUCUCUCCUUUCUUUCUCUCUCUCAGCUGUUUCGGUUGCUCCUUAGAUUUCGGUCCCAUCUUCCGAUGUAAGAAAAAACCAAGUACAGCUUUUUCAGAAACUCAGAGAGAGGGGAAAUUUAAAAAAAAAUAAAUAAAAGGAUUAAAUACUUUGUUUUUGGUUUUGUCCACCUUACAAAAUAUAUACGAACAAGAAAACAAAGCAACGGUUCACCAUUGAUGGUCACUAACCUCCUCUUCUUUCUCUCUCUACACCCAUAAUUGUCUCUCUCCUUUGUUUUUUUCCCUUAAUUUCUCACUUUGUUGAUUAUCCUAUGUGUACUCUCCGUGCAAUGUCAAGCGGCGGAACCACCACCAGUUCACCCAACAACACUACCACCACCCAAAUGCACGGUGGAGCCACCGUCACCCACCCCCGCCGCCGCGUUACGGAGCCGAUGCACGAACAUGAGAAAGUGAAAGCCAACGAUCAGGUGCAAGUCGGGGGGCUGGAUCAUUCCAAGAGCGAUGUGGAUGUUGAAGCAUUGCUUAACAAUUGCAACAGCAAUGGCGUCGUCGUGUAUCAAUACCACCAUCACCCGGUGACUAGGUAUAUUUUUCCGCGUAAAAAGGUGCCGGAGAGUUGGGUUGUGUUCGGGGAAGAAUUCUUGUUCAGUGCUUGGGGAGCUAUCAAUUCUUUGACCUCCAGGAAGAACAUGGCCCGUACUGUCUUGAUGUUCCUUUUGGUUAUGGUGGUGGUGUCGGCGUUCCUCAAGUUCUAUCUGCUUAUGGGCGGCGGUGGCGGAGGAGGAAGGAUUGUCAGGACGGAGAAGGGGAUUUUGCUUGUUCAGAAUGUCAAGAAUGAGGAUGUUCACAUGGCUGUUCUUGAUUCAGAUUCAUCUUCUGCUGCUGCUAUGCAGAAGCGACAGAUGAAGGAAUUUCCGGUACCAGAAAUAUGGAUGAAACCCAACAGUGACAACUUUUACCAAUGCAUCUCCCGACCAAAGAAUCACACAAGGACCGCUACUGUAACAAAUGGUUAUCUCGUAGUCAAUGCCAACGGAGGGUUGAAUCAAAUGAGAACAGGGAUAUGCGAUAUGGUUGCAGUAGCAAAGAUUAUGAACGCCACUCUUGUGCUUCCUUCCCUUGAUCACAAGAGUUUCUGGACAGAUCCUAGUGACUUCAAGGAUAUUUUUGAUUGGAGGCAUUUCAUUGAAGUUUUAAAAGAUGAUAUCAACAUAGUCGAAAUGUUGCCACCAAAAUAUGCAUCAAGGACUCCCCUGAUCAAAGCACCUGUGUCUUGGUCGAAGGCUAGUUACUAUAGAGCAGAGAUUCUUCCUCUGCUAAAGAAGCAUAAAGUGAUCAUGUUUACACAUACAGACUCACGGCUCGUGAACAACGGCUUAGCACCCUCUAUACAGAAACUGAGGUGCCGUGCAAACUAUGAAGCUCUUCGUUACACGCCUGAGAUUGAGGAGCUUGGAAAGAAACUGGUGGAGAGACUCAGAGUCGAUGAUGAACCCUAUAUUGCUCUUCACUUGAGGUAUGAAAAGGACAUGCUGGCAUUCACCGGCUGCAACCACAACCUGACCCCGUCUGAGGCUGAGGAACUUCGUAUCAUGAGGUACAACGUGAAGCAUUGGAAAGAGAAGGAGAUCGACAGCCAAGAAAGGAGACUGCAAGGGGGUUGCCCGAUGUCUCCACGAGAGGCAGCACUAUUUCUCAAGGCAAUGGGAUACCCCACUUCAACCAGAAUAUACAUUGUGGCAGGUGAAAUCUACGGUAAUCAUAGCAUGGAUGCUCUUCAAGCAGAGUAUCCAAACAUUUUCACUCACUCAAAGCUUGCAACGGCGGAAGAGUUGGAACCUUUUAGGCCUUAUCAGAACCGCCUUGCCAGCUUAGACUACAUUAUCGCCUUGGAAAGUGAUGCAUUCGUUUACACGUAUGAUGGCAAUAUGGCGAAGGCAGUGCAGGGCCACAGGAGGUUUGAAGGAUUUAGAAGGACGAUAAAUCCGGACAGGUUAAAUUUUGUUAGACUCAUUGAUUUGUUGGACGAGGGGUCGAUUGCUUGGGAGGAUUUCGCCUCUCAGGUCAAGAGCUUACAUGCGAACAGAACUGGUGAACCGUACCCCAGAGAAGCCGGGCAAUUACCAAGACUGGAAGAGAAUUUCUACGCAAAUCCUUUCCCUGGCUGCGUUUGUAACAGAGCUCAGGAACGAAUCAAGCGUCAGCAGCUAAUUUAUGAAAACUCAGGUUCACAAGUUGCUUCACAAAGAUAGGCUUUUGAUAUAGUUGAGAAAGAAUGUAUAGCACACGAGGCUAUGUGAAUUGUUUGAGCAGUAGCUGGAUAAGGGGUGUUCCGAACCAGAUUUUCGCCCUUCCGGCACAUAGCACCAAACACAGCACAUAGUUAACCAUAGAAGCCUGUGUAAUUAAUUAUAUAUGACGAUUGUACAAUACUGGUAAAAAAAUACCGGCAGUGAAUGAGCUGGUUUAACAUUUGCCGAUGAUACCACAACACAGGACGGAAGGGGUACAGUUAAAUACAGAUUUAUUCAAUUUGUUGUAAACAAUAGUUUUUCUCACUGUUGUCAGACUCUCUCUCUCUAUAAACAACAAUCACAUGUAUAUGAAUAUGAUUGUUGUUUGCUUUCA